UGCUGAUGAAGGGAGGGCGCUGGGAGCUGGCGGUAACAGAGUGCGCGAGUGCAAGGAGAGCCUUAUCACGGAGGCACGGCUAAAGACAACAUUUGCAAAAUGCCGAAUAAAACUAAAAAAGAAAAGGAACCCACCAAAUCUGCAAAAAGCAGCACAAAAAACAGCAAUGCUGGUGGAGGAAAGGAUGUUGGAACUGAAAAUUCUGAAGAGGCCCAGCAGACGGCCAGCAAGCGUCCGAGCAACAGCACUCCACCUCCUACUCAGCUCAACAAAAUUAAGUACUCUGGCGGGCCACAGAUUGUAAAGAAGGAGCGUCGACAGAGCUCAUCACGGUUCAACCUCAACAAGAAUCGGGAAUUGCAGAAACUCCCUGCCCUCAAAGAUGCCCCGUCCAUGGAGAGAGAAGAAUUGUUUGUGCAGAAGCUGAGGCAGUGCUGCGUGCUUUUCGACUUUGUGACUGACCCACUAAGUGAUCUCAAGUUCAAAGAGGUGAAGCGAGCCGGCCUUAACGAAAUGGUGGAGUACAUCACACACAACCGAGAUGUGGUCACAGAGUCCAUCUACCCUGAAGCUGUCAUCAUGUUUUCUGUGAAUCUGUUCAGGACUCUGCCCCCCUCUUCCAAUCCUACGGGAGCUGAAUUUGACCCUGAAGAGGAUGAGCCCACUCUGGAGGCAGCAUGGCCCCAUCUGCAGCUUGUAUAUGAGUUCUUCUUAAGAUUGCUGGAGUCAUCUGACUUCCAGCCCAACAUUGCCAAAAAAUAUAUCGACCAAAAGUUUGUAAUGUCGCUUCUGGAGCUGUUUGACAGUGAAGACCCCAGAGAGAGGGACUUCCUAAAGACCAUCCUGCACAGGAUCUAUGGAAAGUUCCUGGGGCUGAGAGCUUACAUCCGUCGGCAGAUUAAUAACAUAUUUUACAGGUUUAUAUACGAGACAGAGCAUCACAAUGGGAUUGCGGAGCUCUUAGAAAUCUUAGGAAGCAUAAUUAAUGGCUUUGCCCUGCCACUGAAAGAAGAGCACAAGAUGUUCCUCAUCAGAGUGCUACUGCCUUUACACAAGGUCAAGUCUCUCAGCGUCUAUCACCCGCAGCUGGCCUACUGUGUGGUGCAGUUUUUGGAAAAGGACAGCAGCCUCACUGAACCUGUGAUUAUGGGUCUGUUGAAGUUCUGGCCUAAGACUCACAGUCCUAAGGAGGUGAUGUUUCUGAAUGAGCUUGAGGAAAUCCUGGAUGUCAUCGAGCCCUCAGAGUUUGUUAAAGUCAUGGAGCCCCUGUUUAGACAACUGGCCAAGUGUGUAUCAAGUCCACACUUCCAGGUUGCUGAAAGAGCAUUGUAUUACUGGAACAAUGAGUACAUCAUGAGUUUAAUCAGUGACAACGCCGCCAAGAUCCUCCCCAUAAUGUUCCCCGCUCUCUACAAGAACUCCAAGAGCCACUGGAACAAGACGAUCCAUGGGCUUAUCUACAAUGCUCUGAAGCUCUUUAUGGAGAUGAACCAGAAGCUGUUUGAUGACUGCACUCAGCAGUACAAGGCUGAGAAGCAGAAAGAGAAGUAUAAACUGAAGGAACGGGAUGAAAUGUGGCACAAAAUUGAGGAAUUAGCAAAACAGAACCCUCAGAGUACAAAGAUCACGCUUCGACCUGGUCUAACCCAAGAGGAGUAUAUGAUGUAUAAUGAAAUCCAAGGAGGGAUCCCCCUUUAUUCAAUGGAGACAGAGACCCCUACAGCAGAGGACAUCCAGCUUCUGAAGAAGACUGUAGAGUCAGAAGCCUCACAGGGGAUGAAAGACAUCAGGAAAGAGAAGGUUUUGAUGAGGCGAAAGUCUGAGCUGCCGCAGGAUGUGUACACUAUAAGAGCCCUGGAAUCUCACAAGCGAGCGGAGGAGUAUCUGACGGCCAACCAGGAAGCCCUCUGACCAGGGAGCA